AUGAAUUUCGACGAGUCAGCGAACAGCGACUAUGUCACGUCUGAAACAAUAUAUGGCACUCAUGAAGACUCUCACGUAGUGAUGUCAGAGAAGGUGCAGACAUUGGCUGGUAGUAUUUACCAAGAGUUUGAACGAAUGAUAGCUCGAUAUGAUGAAGAUGUCGUGAAGACGUUGAUGCCCUUGGUGGUUAAUGUACUAGAAUGUUUAGACUCCGCUUAUCAAACAAAUCAAGAGCAUGAAGUGGAAUUAGAGCUACUGCGGGAAGAUAAUGAGCAACUGGUCACGCAGUAUGAACGCGAGAAGGCGGCGAGGAAGCAUGCGGAACAGAAGUUAUUGGAGGCUGAAGACCAUUAUGAAGGAGAAAGAAAGGACCUUACAAGCAGACUGGAGGCAUUGGAUAGUAUUGUUCGAAUGCUUGAGUUGAAGCAUAAGAACUCACUUGAUCAUGCUAGCCGCUUAGAAGAGCGAGAAAAUGAGCUAAAGAAGGAGUAUGCUAAACUUCACGAACGUUACACAGAGUUAUUUAAGACGCACAUGGAUUACAUGGAACGCACUAAAUUAUUGUUGAGCACUGCCAGUGACAGAAGUGAAGUCCGGGGUAGGCUUGGCCUAAAUCCAGUUGGAAGAUCUAGUGGUCCUAUAUCAUUUGGUUUUGCUUCACUUGAGGGCUCUGUAAAUGUUGUGGAGCAAACAGAAAGUAUACCUGGAAGCCCUGUAAGCCUUUCAUCAUCUCCAUCUUCACCACCAAUUGGCUCUGAGCUAGCAGCUGUGAGAACAGUAGAAAGAGCUCAUCAGACUGAUCCUAUCACUCAACAAAGUCAGGCUACAUCACCAGUUGCACCGCCGCCUAGUACUGGAAAAUCGCAAACUAAGAGCGAAAAGCGAAGCGCCAAUACUCUGUAUCAAGAACUAGCCUUCCACGAUACGGAUACUAGUAUUGUAGAGGGAGAUGACGGUGACAUAACAGGAAGCUGGGUGCAUCCUGGUGAAUAUGCUUCCUCAGUUAAUGAUAAUUACUUUGGUAUGGGGAAGGAAGUCGAAAAUCUUAUCUUGGAGAACAACGAACUUCUAGCUACCAAAAACGCUUUGAAUGUCGUGAAAGAUGAUUUAAUCGUAAAGGUUGAUGAACUAACCGGUGAACAAGAAAUACUAAGGGAGGAAGUAGCGAACCUUAGUUCGGCUAGAGAGAAGCUUAGAGAACGCGUCACCCAUCUUGAAGAUGAAUUGCGACAUUUGAAAGAAACAAUGAGCUCAAAUGCUGGUGGUGCGGAGAAUGAGGAUGAAGCUGAUGUUCCAAUGGCCCAAAGAAGGAAAUUCACUCGCGUGGAAAUGGCUAGAGUUCUCAUGGAACGCAAUCAAUAUAAGGAACGCUACAUGGAGUUGCAAGAUGCCGUACGCUGGACGGAAAUUGUUAGGGCGAGUCGUGUCGAAUCUACCAUGGAUAAGAAGAGCAAACAAAGCAUUUGGACUUUUUUCAGCAAACUUUUUAGUACAUCUGAACGUCCACAGCGCCCAUUAUCGACGCCGCAUUUAAAAGCAGUGGCGGCUCCUCAGCCAUCGUUGAGACACUCGAGGACUCAAGCGGAUUUUCUUGAAACCCAGUUGUCUGACCAUCAUCACCGGCGGCAAGAGAGAACUGAACAAUUUCGCCAGGUAAGAGCUCACGUUCGAAAGGAAGAUGGUAGGACCCAGGCUUAUGGUUGGAGCUUGCCCGGGAAAAGUGAACAAGGGCAGAAGGGGCCUAAUGUAUCACUGUCGUCAGGAGGAGUCCCAGUACCUGUGCCUGUAUUUUGCAGACCCAUAGCGGAAGCAGAGCCUCGUAUGUCACUCUUAUGCGCUGCGGCUGUUAAUUUGACUGGUGGAAAAGACUUCAAUCCGAGAAACAUCGGGAACACUGCAAUGUGCUUAGCAUACGAAAUGAGCAAGGCGCAGUCCGCAGGUUCACCAGAAGUUGAGCAAGUUCCUGCUGAUCCGUCAACUCAAGUUCCCAAUAACCCCGAGAAUAAUUUGUCAUCUAUCGUCUGGAUAUGUUCUAGUACACAGAAUAAGGGUGUUGUUAUGAUUAUUGACGCGAACAACCCAGCUGAAGUGAUAGAAUCGUUCCCUGUGAGUGACAAACAUAUAUUGUGUAUUGCUUCUGUGCCUGGCGCUGUUGAAGAAGAUUUCUUGGAGUAUGAAGAAAGGAAUAAUAAGAUUGAAACGAAAAGAUAUUCCGGAUCUUUGUUCUGUGGUGUUAGUAAGAGUGAUUCGACAGAAAGUCAAAGUAAUGGAAUUGCCAUAUCUGGUAAUGUCAAUGGGCCCAGUGAUGGUGACGGAAAAGACAUAAUAGUGGGAAGCACUCGAAUGGUACAAGCAAACAUCCUCACACCUCCUAGUACUCCAAUCAAAGAGACUGGGCCUAUUAAUACUCCGAAAGAAUCAGCGAUAGACAACGUUGAAGAAGACCUCGACAAAGUCAUCUCUGAAAGCCCGCCGUUAAGCUCUACACCAAUUAAUAAUAGUAAAGAUACUGAGAGACGGAUAUCACCAGAGCGCGGUGUGGAUGCGUUCGCUGAACAGUCGAGUGCUAGAAAAGUUACAGACGAGCGCGUAACGACAGCAUUACCUACUAUGUGGUUGGGUACUAAGAGUGGGAAUUUGUAUGUGCAUUCCGCAGAGUCAGAGUAUAGAAAGUGUCUUGCAAGAGUGAAAUUGAACGAUGCAAUCCUAUCAAUAGUGGCAUGUUGGUCGAGAUGUAUUGUAGCGUUGGCUGAUGGUACAGUCGCUAUUUUCUCGCGCCUUGCAGAUGGGCAAUGGGACUUCUCACAAUAUUGUCUCAUGACGCUAGGAGAUCCCAAGUGUUCAGUUCGUUGUCUGAGUGCGGUGGGAAGUGGUACUGUAUGGUGUGGCUAUCGUAACAAGGUGCACGUUAUUGACCCGCGUGCGUGUACGUUGCUUCAUACGCUCGAAGCGCACCCCCGUCAAGAGAGUCAGCUACGGCAGAUGUGCGCUGAUGGAGAUGGAGUAUGGGUAACGAUCAAGAUGGAUUCAACUCUGCGCUUAUACCACGCACACACAUACCAACAUCUCAUUGACGUUGAUAUCGAGCCCUACGUCAGCAAAAUGCUCGGUACUGGCAAGUUGGGUUUCUCCCUCGUGAGAAUAACCGCCCUACUUAUCAGUUCCGGUCGCUUGUGGAUCGGUACAAGCAACGGUGUGGUGAUAUCUGUUCCCCUUUCCGAUACCGGGAACCACUCCAGUCCCGGGGGGGUUAUUCCGCUCUGUUCGAUGAAGCACGCCCAGCUGAGCUUUCACGGGCAUAGAGAUGCUGUGACAUUUUUCGUGGCUGUUCCCGGUGCUGGAUCGCCGAGAAGCCCGGACUCCCCUGAAAAUGGGCCUACUCCCCACCGAUACUUGUUAUUUCGGGAGGGGAAGGAUAUAUCGAUUUUAGAAUAG